AUGGGCCACUGGGUCAAGCUCGCGGUGCCGUCGUCGCAUCGCAUGCCGUGCUCGCACAUAGUUAAAGCGGCGAUUAAGAGAGGGGAGGCCGGGGUGGAGCGAGGCCGGGUGCUGCAUCGGCUGCAGCUCAAGGAGCAUCCGGGAAGGGACGGCUGCGCGGUAAAAUACGACGCUGACGUGGACCCCUGGGAUAUGCAUCCUGUGCCACGUGGCAAAUUCUCCUACUCCUCCUGCUGCGUGGAGUGGAUCAUCUACUCUUCUGACUGCGGACUCAGCAUGGUUCGAAUGGCGGAUUUCGCGCACAUGGCGGCCAUUCCGUUCGCCGUGGUGGGGGUGGGUGUGCCCUGGAGAGGCCAGGGCGGCCGCAUGCGGACUAUCCGCGACUACCUCCGCUCGCUGCCGCCCGACCGCAUUGUCAUUUCCACCGACGCCGACGACGCCUUCCUCAUGCCAGGCCCCCACUGCCGCCCGGAGAAUCUCGUAGAGGCGUUCCUCUCCCUCAAUGCGCCCGUGGCAUUCGGAGGGGAGAUCUUCUGCUACCCGGACUGGCGGAAAAUCGAGGUUUUUUACCCUCGGAAAAUCAACGAGACGAAGAACUGGUUUCUGAACUCCGGAGCCUACGUGGGAUACGCGUGGGCCCUGGCUAAGAUCAUAGACGCGACAUACGUGGGAGACUGCAUGCAAGACCAGCGUGCAUACACCCUCGGGCUUAUCGGCCAGCAGUACCUCUUCAGGCACCUCCCCCGCGUGCCCUACCCUGAACCCAGCGACUUCGAAUCCGCCCUCAACAGCAUGGGUAAUGUCACUGCGGCUGUGGCCGCCCAGGAAAAAUUUGCCGACUCACCGUUCCGCAAGCCGUGGCGCAACCCGCGCCCCGUGCGGUACAACACGACCAUGUCGCCGUUCCACCGGCUGCCGCCCGCGUCAGAAGAGAAGGUGAUCAGCGAGGCGAUGGAGGCGGGGCAGAAGGAUGCUCCGUCUGUCAUGGCUGCUCCGUUCAUGAAGCUGGAUCAUUACAACACGCUCUUCACGCACCUGGGGGGGUAUCCUUGGGAGGAGUUUGAAGUGGUGGGGAAGGGUGGAGAGGCGAUGGUGCGCGCGAAGAGCACAGGCGGCAUGGCAUCGCGCAAGGGCGCUCCCCGCGCGCCCGAGAACCUUUUGGGGCAGCCGUUUCGGGCAGUGGAGGAGGAUUAUGAGAUAGGCAAGGAGCUGGGGCGGGGCCUGUAUGGCAUCACGUACAUGGCAAGGCACCGCCAGACUCAGCAGCACUUUGCCUGCAAGACCAUCACCAAGGUGAGGCCGCCUCCUGCCCACACCUUUCCACCCCAACCCACCGUUUCCAACCAGACCCAACUCCCCUUCAACACCACCUCUUCCCCACGUUGUGUGCCUACGUGGCACGAUGCACCACCACUCUCCACCCCAUUCCACCACUCUCCACCCCAUUCCACCACUCUCCACCUGCAUUCCUCCCACCAGCGCCACCUGUCCGCCACGCCAUGUGCCAAUCCAACAUGGCACGAGAGGCCGCCAUUCUCGCCCGCCUGUCCACCACAUUCCACCGUUCCCCACCUGCCCACCUCCCACCAGCGCCACCUGUCCCCCACGUCAUGUGCCAACGUGGCACGGGAGGCGGCCAUUCUCGCCCACCUCUCCACCGGCCAUGCGGGCAUUGCAACGCUCAUUGACCAAUACGAGGACGCCACGUGUGUGCACUUCAUUCUGCAGCUCUGCACAGGUGUGCAGGAGGGGUGGCAUGUUGGAUGGGUGGGGUGGUGUGAUGGGAUGGUGUGUUCGAUUGUGUUCAGCACCACAGUCGGGAAGGAGGGAAGGAGGAGAGGAGGUAGAGUGGAAGCUAUAUUCGUCCUCCCUGCAUCUCUUCCUGCCAGCCAUGCGGUUCGGCAUAUGACAGGGGAAAGGCAAGUGUGGGAGCACCUGACAGGUGGCAAGGAAUCCAUCUCCGCUGCCUCUCCUGCCUUUCCUGCCUCCCUCCCCUUUUUCACAGGUGGCAUGUUGUACGAUGGCAUCAAGGCGGAGGGCAGCUACAGUGAGCAGCGCGCGGCCGGCAUGGUGCGGCAGAUAGUGCAGGCGGUGCAGUACAUGCAUGAGCGGGGAGUGGUGCAUCGGGAUCUCAAGCUAAAGAACUUUCUGCUGCUGCACUCAGGGGAGGACGCCCCUCUGAUGGCCAUCGACUUUGGCCUGUCCACUUUCUUUCAACCAGGUAUGUACAUGUUGAGCCUCAAUAUGCCUUCUGAAGUGGUGCAUCGGGAUCUCAAGCUCGAGAACUUCCCACCGCUCAUGGCCAUCGAUUUCGAGCUUUCAACAUUCUUUGAGCAAGGUGUGUACGUGUCGGUCCUCAGCAUGUCUUCUGAAGGGCAGGGUGGGGUGGGGUGGGGUGCAUCAGGAUCUCAAGCUCGAGAACUCCCUGCUGCUGCACCCGGGGGACGACGCACCGCUCAUGGCUAUAGCCAUUGGGCUCUCCACGUUCUUCAGGCCAGGCCUACUCUUUCUCUGCCUUGUCUCUUCCUCCUCACCCGCAUAGCACUUCAAGGAGGUCGUGGGCAGUGCGUCCUCCCCACCGUGACACAUCCCUUUCAAUUCCCUUAUGCGUACUCUAACUCCUCAGCUCUUCCCACCACCUAUUUCUUCCCCAUCACUGCAUACCGCUUCAAGGACGUGGUGGGCAGUGCGUACUAUGUGGCGCCAGAGGUGCUGAGAAGAGACUACGGCAGCGAGUGUGAUAAAGUAGAGCAUUGGAGGCAGCGCUUCAAGGAGGUGGUGGGCAGUGCGUACUAUGUGGCGCCAGAGGUGUUGAGAAGAGACUAUGGCAGCGAGUGUGACGUGUGGAGCGUUGGAGUCAUCACAUACAUGCUGCUGUGCGGCACCCCGCCCUUCUGGGAUGUUGCAGCUGCACGACCCCUUCUUUCGUGGUCCCCUUCUCCUGGUUCCUCCCCUCCCCUCCCCUCCUUCCUGACGCACCCUCACUUCCAAUCACCCACAUCAGUAUCGGAGGAAGGGAUAUUGUCAGAGGAGGGGAUAUUGUCAGAGGAGGGGAUAUGUGAGGCGGUGCUGAAGGGAGAGUACGAGAUGAGCAGUGCCCCCUGGCCGGCCGUCUCCCAGCAGGCCAGGCACCUGGUGGGGCGCAUGCUGGAGAGCGAUGCUGCCAAGAGAAUUACCACCCAGGAGAUCCUUGGUAGCCCGGCUCGGCCGGCCAUCUCCCAGCAGGCGAGGCACCUGGUGGGGCGCAUGGUGGAGAGGGAUGCAGCCCGGCGAAUCACCACCCAGGAGAUCCUUGCGAUGCACCUAAUGGGGCGCAUGUUGCACAGCGAUGCACCUAAUGGGGCGCAUGUUGCACAGCGAUGCAGCCCGGCGAAUCACCACACAGGAAAUUUGAGGUGGGUGUGUCUUGGAGGGGGUGGGGUGGAAGAGGAAGGGGGAGGAAGGCGGGGAAGGUCGAAAGGGGGCUUGUACAUAGAACGUGGCGUAUGGGUGGUGGCGGGGUGCUGUUUGGACGAGGAGGAGAUGGCAGUGAUUCGAACACGCUUUGACCAUCUCGACCUCGACAGGGACGGCUGCAUCUCCGUGUCGGACCUCGUUGCCGGCUUCCAGUCGCUGCACAUCCCACUCUCAGAGGACGAGGCCCGAGAGAUCAUCCAGGCGGCGGACAGCAAGGGGUCGGGCACAUUGGACCUGUCAGAGUACGCAUCUGCCAUCAUGGUGAAGCGCAUGGAUGCUGCGUGCAUAGACAAGGCAUUCAAGCACUUUGACAAGGAGGGGCGUGGCUAUAUCACAAUGGCUGAUUUGAAGGCCACGCUUGCAGCAGGCGAGAGUGAUGAGACAGUGGAGUGCCUCAUCAAGGAGAUUGGCAACAAGCAUGCCACCAUUCGUGCUCGUCUCUCCACGGGCCAUGCGGGCAUUGCGACGCUCAUCGACCAAUACGAGGACGCCAUGUGUGUGCACUUCAUUCUGCAGCUCUGCACAGGUGCGCAGGAGGGGAGUGUGGUAGAGGGGUGGUGUGCAGGAGGGGUGGUGUGCAGGAGGGGUGGUGUGCAGGAGGGAUGGUAUGUUGGGGUGGUGUGGUGUGGCGGGGUGGGGUGGGUUGGGGGGUGGUGGGUUGUGUUUGAGGGUGCUUGCCAUCCCCACCACCCCAUGAGGAGAGGCGAAGGAGGAGCGGACAAGGGAAGGAGGAGCGGAGGAGGGAAAAAAGAGCGAAAGAGGAAAGAGGGCGGAGGAAAAGGUGGACUUACAGCAAUACUCACCCUUCCCGCCUCUCCCUGUCCGCCCCUCCUGCCAGACGGCGGCAUGCUAUACGAUGGGAUCAAGGCGGAGGGCAGCUUUUUGCAUAUGAUUGAAAAAGGCAUCUUCUCUGUCACUCCUCUCCUGCCUCUCCUCACCCCUUCUCAAAACCCAGGCGGCAUGCUAUACGAUGGGAUCAAGGCAGAGGGCAGCUCUUAG